CAUGGUGAUUGGUAUCCUGGUGUUCAACAAGCUGGUCUCCAGAGACGGGAUUCUGGAGAAGAAGCCGAAGCAUCGAGCUGGACCGAUGAACGAGCCCCAUACAGGGUUGACUCUGAAAUGUGCCAAAUGUGGUGUGGUGUCCACCACUGCUCUCUCUGCAACUACAGCCAGUAAUGCCAUGGCCUCUCUGUGGAGUUCCUGUGUGGUUCUGCCUCUGCUGGCUCUGACCUGGAUGUCUGCGGUGCUGGCCAUGACAGACAAGCGCUCCAUCCUAUUUCAGAUCCUCUUCUCUGUCUUCGACUCGUUGCAGGGCUUUGUCAUCGUCAUGGUGCACUGUAUCCUGAGGAAAGAGGUCCAAGAUGCUUUCAGAUGUCGUCUCAGAAACUGUCAGGACCCCAGAAACUGUCAGGACCCCCUCAACGCUGACAACACUGGCACUUUCCCCAACGGUCAUGCUCAGAUUAUGACGGACUUUGAGAAAGACGUUGACAUCGCCUGUCGAUCAGCUCUCCACAAAGACAUGGGCUCUUGUCGCGCGGCGACCAUCACCGGCACCCUAUCCCGCAUCUCUCUGAAUGACGAGGAGGAUGAGAAGGGUCCCGAGGGGCUCAACUACUCCACCUUACCCGGCAACAUCAUCUCCAAGGUGAUGAUCCAGCAGCCCGGCAUGCACAUGGGCCCCAUGGGGGACAUGGGUGAGGGCUGCCUGGGCGACAGCGUGUCCGACAUGCGCCGCACCGUCUACCUGUGCACCGAUGAUGCUCUCCGUCAGUCCGACCAGGAUAUGGGCGGGCACGGGCAUGGCGGGAUGGGCAGUGGCCACGACAUGGGCAGCAUGGGUGGUAUGGGCGGUAUGGGCGGACAUUCACCCCAAGGCCAGAUGAUGGAGACAGACUACAUUGUGAUGCCACGAGCUUCGGCGGCGGCAGCAGGAUCUGGGAACUGUAACACACUUCCCACUCUCCUGAAGGACGAUAGCUCCACCAAGAUGAACAUGGGCCUGGGCAUGGGAGAUACGCUGCCCCAUGAUAGGAUGAUGCAACACUACAAGAUGGCACCGGACUUCAGCAUGAGCCCGACGGGGAUGGGUGGGAUUGGGGUCAUGGAGCACAUGAACAUGGGGGUGAACAUGGAUCAGAACCUACAGCAGCAGUAUGGGUCAGGAGGAGGACAGGAACACAUGCAGCAGAACCUGCCCUUUGAACCCCGAACCGCUGUCAAGAACUUCCUGGCUGAGAUGGAAGAGACUGGAGGGCUGUCGAGGAGCGAGACGGGAUCCACCAUAUCCAUGAGCUCCUUAGAGAGAAGAAAGUCGCGCUACCAAGAUCUGGACUUUGAAAAAGUCAUGCACACCAGGAAAAGACACAUGGAGCUGUUCCAAGAACUGAAUCAGAAAUUUCAAACCCUGGAUCGAUUUCAAGACAUACCAAAUAUGGGCAGCAUGGACAAGGCCAUGGCCAACAAGAACCCCUGGGAGAGCUACAACCCAGCCUGCGAGUACCAGAACUACGCCAGUAUGAAUGCACUAGACCCUGACCCCAAGGACUCUCUGGAGAUGACCGCAGCAGAGUGGGAGAAGUGUGUCAAUCUCCCCUUAGACGUCCAGGAAGGAGACUUCCAGACAGAGGUCUGAUCUGAUCUGAUCUAAACAAACCAGGAAAUGAGUCCAAAAUGGCACCCUAUUCCCAAUGAAGUGCACUACUUAUGACCAGGUCCUAUAGGCCUCUUUUUCACCAGUACCCAAAGGGCUCUUUUGAACAGGACUAAUAGGGCUCUGGUCAAAAGUAGUGCACUAUAUAGGGAAUAGGGUGACAUUUUGGAUGGACACCAGGAAGGAGACUUCCAGGAAGUAAAAACCAGGAAGAGGAAAACCAGGAGAAAAAUGAUAACCAGGACAUGGAGGAAAGGGGAAAGGAUGUAUUUUGCACUGAAAAAAUGGACAGACUGUCCUAACAGCCUUGGCCUAGUACAUAUCUGGAUUCUAAAGGAGGAUGACAAGGACAUGAUGUGCCAAUACCAUUUAAGAAGAAAACACAGAGGACAGGAGGAAAAAAAUACAACAAAAAAUACAACAAAAAUCAUCAGUGUUACUUUUUGUAUUCUCACUAGUGUACUUAGUGCAGCGGGCCAGCCAGGUGGGUGUACAAUAUUUACCAUCAUGUGUUUCAGAGUACCCAUGGUAAGAAGAAUUGGUUUCAAAAAGGUGAAAAUCUUUCUAGAUGAAUAAACCUCAAAAGCUAAAUGAAGACAUAAUACAAUGUCAAUCCCAGCUUCGUUGGGUCCAGUUUUAUAUUUCACAAAACUGGACCCUGGAAGCACAAUGUAUAUAUUUAUGCAGGUUUUUAAAAAGUUUAUAACAAGUCUGUUUGGCCAUUACUAUACUUUUUACUUUAUAAUAUAAAAAAUAUAUAUGAGCGAGAGUGGCAGGCAAAGAGGAUUUUUCUGUCAUAUAAAAAUGAAUGUUUGUCAAAGCUACAUUCUUCAUUGCUUUAAAUGCAAUAAAGGUAAUACUCACUUUUAUAUGAAUAAUAUAUUUCACAAACUUUAAUACUGCAGAAUCUUGCUUGAAGAAUCUCGGCUAAAACUCUCUCAUCUGCAGCCCUGUAUAAAAUAUUUAAAAAUGAAAAAUGUUGUAUGGUGUAAAUAAACUUUUGUCUACAUAUGUUUUACUUGUGCCAAUUUAUUUUAAUGAGAAAAAAAUGCCAACUUGAUCAAGCGUUAUAGCGUUAUAAAAUGUUAACAUUUGAACAAGGAAUGUAAAUAAAAGAGGAAAUAUGUUCGUACUG